AUGCUCCUGCGAAUUUGUACAUCUGGACUGAUCGAUCCGUACCAUGACAUCGCCCCGGGGCUGAUACAGUUGAAGAGACUUCGCACUGCGUUUGGGCAUGCCAGCCAGUGUGGUACGCAACAACUGGCCCAAACUACGAGAGAGAUCGUGUCACUUCUUCCCCCGGUGAUACUUAUCAUCGAUGCGGUGGACCAAUGCGGUGAGACCGACGAUCGCAACCUUUUGAUGAAAACAUUAACAGCCAUCUCUGAAAAUGCCGACCACGCAGUUGUCCUGACGUCGAGGGGCGAGCCAAACAUACCAAACUCAUACAUGAUCGAAUUGACGCCUGACAAGACAAAAUUAGAUAUCGAACGGUAUGCCAUGCAAGAGAUCUCGCGAUUUCGAGGACUGCAACCGAUCCAGCACGAUAUCCUAGAUCGAAUCGACAGAGACAGUGCAGGAAGCUUUCUCUGGGUACACCUGCUCUUGGACCAUGUCCGUCAAGGACCCAGUCUUCAGACUCGAACACAGAAAUUGACAGCCUUCCCAACUGAACCGCAGCGAGUAUACGAAGCAGUCAUUAGGGAGAGUGCUUGUAAGUUCGAAGAGCAAGAUCAAGAACGGCAGAGGUGCAUUCUCUGGGUGCUUGCCGCAACGCGGUCCCCUCUAACGCUGCGGACCCUGUUUCUCAUGGUUGAUGGUGAUGAUAACGAUGCCGAAUUUAAGGGAACAUCGCGUGACGAUGAGGAUUUGGGCGUAGAUCUCGAUGCUCUGUGCCAUCCCCUCGUGCGAGUUCGAGCCGCUCACGUCUACCUCACUCACCCUACUCUUAGAGAGUACAUUCAUAGUAGCGCCAGGUCGGAGGAUCCUGACCUGUUUCUCGCCAGGAAAUGCCUGGAGAAAUUGACCAACGAAAGGUACCGCUCUUGGAAGACUGCUUUACGGCUAUUACGGAAACAUCUGUUGCCACCUCACAUGGUAUCGGAUAGUGACGACAGUCAACCACUGAAAGAGUCGGUUCUUUACGAGUAUGCAGUUCUUCACUGGCAUGAGCACGUGUCGGCGCUUCGGAAGCCCCCAGAUGAUGUCCUCGAUCUUCUUUCACAAUUCCUGGGGGGAAUUGAGAGUGUCACUUGGUCAGAAAAUCUAUUUGAGGCGAAGCAACAGAGUGGCAUUGCACCACAAUUUGAGGUACAGACGAUGCUUAAACAAUGGUAUGACAGUCUGGACAAAGACACGCAGCAGAAGAUACCCAUCAAAGACUACUUUGCCAAGCCACAUGACGAGCUACAGAAAGAAUUGAAGGAAAAGGCUCAAGACAGGGUGGCCCCGUAUCUCCCAUUCAUGCGGCUCGGUCAAUUUUUCAACCUUGGAGGGCGAUCCCAACGAGACUGGCGCAAAGGUUUUAUGUACAAGGAAGCGGUGGCAGCAGGCUUUGAAAGCAGUCUGGGUGCCCGACAUCCACUAACACUCCAAGCAAAAACGAGUAUGUUACAAGAGUUCUUUUGGCAAGGGCGAUUCGAGGAAGCCGAGCAUGAGCUGUCAAAGGUUGCAGCUAUACAAAGAGAAAUUUACGACCAGGACAGCCUGGAUGUUUACGUUACUGUGCAACUGCUAGGCUAUGCACAAUAUUCCUGUGCUCGAUUCAGGGAGGCGAUGGCGAGCCUCGAUGAGACCGAAGAGGCCUUUCGACGCUUGGAGGGUGAGAAUUCGCCCAAGGGCCUAGUGACAAGACUUUAUCAAGGGUAUGUGCAGGAAAAACAGAGGAAAUUAAUCACAGCUCGUAGGAAUUAUGAGAUCAUCCUCGGCGAGUGGACUCCCAUCGGGGGGGAUGCUCAUCCAUUGUCCAUCAUGGCACGAACAGCGCUCGGCAUGGUCUGCCGCAAAUUGAAAGAGCACCCGACGGCGGAAGAAUCCUUGUUGAAUGCUUGGACGCAGAAACGAAAAGUUUUCGGUGACGAUCUGAAUCUGACUGUCGAUGCUGCCGUGUCGCUAGCGCUGGAAUAUCGAGACAAUGCAAAGUUGGAUCUUGCCAAACAAGUCCUGGAGGCGAUCAAAUCUUCCGAGGUAUUUACCACCGACUUUGAGCGCAGUUGUCAGUGGCAGUACGUCUUGUCUCUGAUAGAAUUCGACCGUGGAUAUUACAACCGACCAAGGAUGGUUCUGCGGGACCUCGUCGACCAGAGCAUCGGAGACAGUCGGGAGGAUAACAACAGGUCGCUGCUCUGGAUACGCCUGACACUGGCCAAUGUGCUCAGGCACCAUGAAAACCCCGACGAAGCCGCCGCAUUGUUCAGUGAGAUUGUGGAACCAAUCGACGAGGUGGAAAGACGAUUCUGGUUUGCACCAGAACCCCCUGAGAGAUUGCGGAUUGCGGAACAAGCAUUGCAGCUCGUGCAGGAGUGCCGAGAGGAUGAGGCCAAAGCACUUCUUCAUGCCAACAGACUCCAAUGGGUCCGCGAGCGCGACUUUGAUAUUUUGCAAGGAGGCCCGGUCACUGAUGUUGCCGUGACCAACCCGGUUGUGACGAUCGUUAUCGACCCCUAG